AUAUAAUUUAUAUAUACUUUAAAUAAAUUUUCGCUGUUAUUUUUUACUCUUCUGUUAUAUGUAGAUACAGUAACUUGAGUUAAUUGUGUAGUUUCAUUAUAAUGAUCCUUGCGUAAGACUACCACGUAGUUAUUUAUCAUAACUUAGAACAAGUCCUCGAGCUGAUAACUAAAUAAAUUAUUGUUUUAAAAUUAUUUGUACUUAGAAUAAUGACGAAUCAAUAAGGAAGUGAAAUGCUAAAAUUUAAGGAAUUUAGCGUGCCAUAACAGAAAUGAACGUGCUCUUAUUUUUUGGCAAAUCUGCAAUUGGACUUGUUUAAGAAUCUCCUGAAGAGCCAAUAGAGUCAAAAACCCAAAUUCUAGAGGUCAGGGUUUCGUUUGUGAUUUUUGCUACCGUAUGACUGUAUAACACUUUAUAUAACAUUUUAUCAUAAAUUAAUUUUAAAUAAUGAAUAUCACUUUCUUUUUAUUACUCGAAAUAUAAAAUGUGAUCAAUUUAUAAUCUUCGCAAUGAUUUAUUACGCGAAUUCAUACACGUUUUAAAAACAAUUCUUCAAGUUCUGAAGCGAUCCGGAUUCGUUGUCCACGUUAUCUGUUUUCCAAGGCCAACUUCCUACUUACUUGACUUUUACACGCAAACAAAUAGCCCGAGAUGAUUCUACUCAUUUCGCUCAUACAAUGUUCGUUGACGUACGACAACACGUGCGAUGCAUCUGCUCAUGUCGUAUGUGCAGCGAAUCGAACAAUCAACUUUCAUCGUUUCACAUGGUAGCGUGUGGAGCCUUCCUCAGCACUAGUGCCUCUCUUCCAAGACAAGACUGCAUGCCUUUGGAUGAAUUCCAUCCAUUCAUUGAGGCUCUUUUGCCUCAUGUCAAAUCAUUUUCAUACACAUGGUUCAAUCUACAGGCUGCAAAACGGAAAUAUUUCAAAAAACACGAGAAACGUAUGAGUUUAGAAGAGGAAAGAAGGUGUAAAGAAGAACUUCACGUAUGUUAAAAUCAAUCUGACAUUAAUAUAUUUUU